AUAGACUCUCCGCUUGUCAUGUUACUGAGCGAGAGUGUCAGAGCGGCUCAUGUUCUGUCCUGCAGUGAAUAAUGUCUUAAGGAUUGGAAAUUAUUCGUUGAAUCCAGUUAAUAUUUUGACCGCAUGGGUCUCGGAGAGCUCGCUGUUCCGUUAGCUUUAACAGUGUGUCUGUCAGCGGUGAACUCGGGAGCUAGCUCACUGCUUGGAGCGGAGUCAACAACACUUCUACUGCAGGAAGGAAGAGACGGAGAGGUAGCGCAAGAAAGCCGGACACUGGAGCUGUACUAGACCCGAGUGUUCCUCAGAGUAUAGGACAGCUGAACAUGUCGGCUUAUUAUUAUAAUUAUUAUUCCGAGUAAGUUCAUUGUAAAUGUGUGCUGUUUGUAUCAGUGUUAGUCGGGUAGCUGCUAGGCCGAGCUGAAGAAUUUUUCCCAGACUGACUCGGGUUAGCUAGGCUAAGCUAGCUGGUCACACUGGAUUGUUUUGGUGGAGCUUCCUGCACUUCUGCUCGUCUCCUUCGCCAAGUGUUUACUCUUUGACCCGACUCGCUCAUGGCUACAGAUGCGACCGAGAGGGAGGGGAGUCUGAAACAGACUGACACAAACCUCCCGGUUGGUAAAAAGAGCAGCGGGGAGUCAGACACACCCAGAGGCAGUGCGACGCUGAAAAACAAGUCGAGUCGCGUUGCUGAACGAGGAAGCGAUGAUCAGGCAGUGACGGAGCCCGGCGCACCCACAGAGGCCAUGACUUCUGCGGGCAACGGCGAUCAAGCCGUCUCAUCCAGUCCGAAACAAACAGAAGGAGGGCAAGAAGAAAGUUCACACAAAGGGAAAAAGCAGGAGGCGACACGCACAGCCAGCAGCGCUCCAGUCAGUGUUCAGCCCUCAGCACAGGAACAUAACGGCAGUUUUGAACAACAGGAGUCAGCCAGCACUACAGAAGCUCGAUUGCGGAUGGAAGGAAUGGAGUUUAAAGAGGAGUGGCAGGAUGAGGACUUCCCCAGACCACUACCUGAAGAAGGGGAAAUACAUCCUGAUGAACAUCUCUUCACCCACUCAUCUGAAGAGGAAGAUUCUGCUCCACAGUAUGAAUCGAACAAGGGGAAGACCAGAAAGAAAAGACUGUUGGCCCCAGAUAUCAGCCUGAACCUUGAUCGCAGUGAAGGCUCUCUGCAUUCUGAUGAUCUGGAUGAAAGCACAGAGUUAGAUCUGGAUGGCAUGGACACCCCGUCAGACAACAGCAAUGAAUUUGAAUGGGAAGAUGAUCUCCCAAAACCCAAAAGCACUGGCAUGCUGCCAAAAGGAGUGGAAUCAGUUAAUGAAUAUUCAGCCUAUGAGGAGCGGGAUGAUAGCCGGCACUGGAGGGUCUUCCGUAUUGGAGAGCAGGACCACCGGGUCGAUAUGAGGGCCAUUGAGCCCUACAAAAGAGUCAUCAGCCAUGGAGGUUAUUACGGAGAUGGACUGAAUGCUAUUAUCGUCUUUGCGGUUUGCUUCAUGCCUGAGAGCAAUCAAGCAAACUACAGAUACAUCAUGGACAAUCUUUUUAAGUAUGUAAUAGGCACCCUGGAGCUGCUGGUGGCUGAGAACUACAUGAUUGUGUACCUGAAUGGUGCCACCUCUCGCCGUAAGAUGCCUAGUGUGGGCUGGCUGAGGAAGUGCUAUCAGCAGAUAGACCGUAGAUUGAGAAAAAAUCUGAAGUCUUUGAUAAUUGUCCAUCCCUCUUGGUUCAUCCGCACACUUCUGACCAUCACAAAACCUUUCAUAAGCUCCAAAUUUAGCCAAAAAAUAAAGUAUGUGUACAGUUUGGCAGACCUCGCUGAGCUUGUGCCAAUGGAAUAUGUAUCAAUACCAGAAUGCAUCAAGCAAUGUGGAUGCUGACUUCAUUUCCACAAUGUAAAGUGUAGAGUGAAUGGAUUGACCAAGAAAUGCAUGGCAAAGGGGAGAUGAGAGGAGCAGAGUGAAGAAUUUGAAGAGGAAAUGAGAGGUGGAGGAAACUAUUGGGGUUUUUGUGUCUCUCUCGACUAAAAAAAGAAAAAAAAAAAGAAAAAAUUAGUGCCUUCCAAAACUCAAUUGCCUAUUCAUGGUGGGACUUUCUAUUCUUUAUUGUAUUAGUGUGCCAAACACGAGUUGAAAUCUCAGUGCUGUGCUUUAAGUAUUUUUAUAAUCUUACAUGUAUAUGUUCUGAAGUAGUUGUCAUUCUUGUCAGCAGUUCCUGUUGCUUCUCCUUGAGGUUCAAGACACUUGGUUUUCAACUUAGGUGAUGCAUGUUCUGCUAUGUUACAUUAAAAAUAUAUUUAUAUACAAAUGGUGAUAAAGGAUAAAGAUUAAUAUAUAUAUAUAUAUAUAUCUUUUUGACAGUCCUUUAUGGUGUUACUUUAAUUUGUUGACAUCUCGCAUCACAUGUUACUGUUUUUUGGUGCAAACAUUUGGAGGAAAGUAUUCUUCUCUCCCUCUUUGCCUUUAAAGAAUGGUCCUAAAUAGAUAGAUCUCUUCAUAGGUUUACGGUUAUAGUCACAGUUUGUGUUGUUCUCUGUUGCAUACAUUUGGGAUGGGGUUUCUUUUCUGUUGUGCUUUGCAAGUAAAACUUUCACAGCACACAAAAUGUCUUCCGCUUUGCCAGUGUAAUGAUAAGUACCAGCAGCUACUAGUACAGUAUGAAAUAUAGGUUUUUUUGAUGGUUACAUGAGGAAUGUUACACUUGAUCACAUCUAAGCUUUUAAAGAUCAUUGUUCACCAAGUAGUCAUGCACUCAGUUUGAGUCCAUAUUAUAUUUAAAAAAAAAUAAAAAGUAAAACUGAUCUCAGUUUUGGCAGGUUAUUUUGUUCCUAAUGUAAAGUGUUUUACUUCUUUAUGUUCUGACUCUUUCCUGUUGAUUUAUUUUAUUGGUUCUGAGGAUCUAGUCAUUAAAUAAAAUGUAAAUUAAAUUUUAGCUGGACUGAUGAUCAAUUUAUCAUUUGCAAGCAGUUUGAUGAAAGAUUUUUAUAAUAAUUGUGACACUAAAUCAUAAAGAAACACUUUACUUAAUCGCCACUUCAGCUUUAGUUCAGGUUGAUGUUUAAAGUUUUCUCACAAAUUCAUGAAUUUUGUAAUGCGAAUAUUAAAGGUUAUUUUCUCACUCCAUGCACACAUGAUUUUUUUUGGUCUUCCUGCUUCUGUAGAAUUACCUCAACUGUUAGUUUUUAGUUAAGAUCUUCUUCGUCUUUGUUGUGUAAUGUCCCUUCUUGUGCCUGACGCUAACUAUGGCUACUUACCUUCAUCUGUCAUCAAUCAAAUCCUUCUGUUAUCCGUGUUCUGUACAAUGUUGCUGCAUCAUUGCGCUACUGAAGCAUUGUGAUAAAUGCACAUUGGAUUGUUUUCUGUUGAACAGAUCAGACCAAUGAAUGUACCACCGUUUGUGAUAUCCUAAAAUUCUGUAGUAUGUUUAAAGCACAAUAAUGUCAAUAAACAAGUACCAUUGCUUUAUGCUAA